AUGAACGUUCCUCUCAGCCUUCUACUCUUUGCUCAACUGAUUGGAACCGCAGCCACUACGACCACUGGAUCCGAGUACGUUUCAUUGGAGGACCAACUUCUGGGAGAAGGCAGCUUAACUGGACGAAGGACUGGCAGACUCUACUGUAGGGUUGGCAUUGGCUUUCACCUCCAAAUUCAUCCCGAUGGCAGAGUAAAUGGAACUCACGAGCCCAAUUCACUGAGUGUGCUGGAGUUAUUCGCAGUGUCACAGGGAGUAGUCGGAAUCCGAGGCGUCUUCAGCAACCGGUUUCUGGCCAUGAACAGAAGAGGAAGGCUUCAUGCCAUCGAGAAAUUCACAGAGGACUGCAAGUUCAGGGAGAGGUUCCAAGAGAACAGCUACAACACAUACGCCUCAGUGACUCACAAGAACCACCGGACUGGGAGGGAGUGGUUCGUGGCGCUGAACAAAAGGGGGAAGGCGAAAAUGGGCUCGAGCCCGCGAGUGAAGUCCCAGCACGUGUCCACGCAUUUCUUACCCAGGUUGUACCUCCACGAGAAGACGGAGCAGGGGUUCACCAUCACGGACAGACACAAAGAAAGGACAAAACAAGCCCCUCCAAAGCCCCCCGCCCCAAAACGCGCCAUAAACACUGGACACAAGCGUCCUCAGACGGUCAAGUACUGGCCGAAGUUCAGAUUCGGAUAA